AUGCCGAGUAAGCUGAUUAACAUCAAAACAAAGGACAAGACGAAUGCAGAAUCCUUUUGUCAGUCAGUGGUACAGUCCCCACCAGCGGACAUCAAGAAAGAGUGCCAGUCUUUCAGCAUCGACUGCGUUUUCUACGGUGGCUUCUUUGCACGUCCUUUAGAGCGGGGGGAGUUCUUCAAACAAACAGAGACUGGAGCAAAACGAGAGCGGAUCUUGUCAGGAGGACGGUUUGUUGUGAGGACGAACACAGCAGAAAAGACAUUUUCGCUGCAGGUUCAGGAUGUGAAUGUUAAAGACACUGCCACAUAUUAUUGUAAAGCCUGGUAUAGAGAUAGCACACAAACCUUGUCACUGUGGUACUCCGACGAAGCAGUGGAUGGAUCCGGGACAAUGGUGACUGUCACAGCUGAUUCCCCGUCCCUGGUGUCUCACAGCCCUACUGUCAAAACCUCAGUUGCAGUUGACACCAUUACUUUAAGCUGUAAAUAUUCAGGAUUCUGUCAGUACACAGUUUACUGGUACCGUCAUGCCCCAGGACAGGCUCUGGAAUACCUGCUUCAGAGAUACACUUCAGGACAGCAGAAUAACAAAAAUGCAGCUGGAGGAAGAAUUUCUGCUGAUAUUGACUCUGCAGCGAAAAUUACUCGUUUAUAUAUCGCCACAAUACAACAAAGUGACUCUGCUGUGUAUUACUGUGCACUGAGUCGGCGCUCAGCAUACACUAUGAUCCAAAUGACGGAGAGAACUGUACAAAAACGUAACCAGACUAACGAUUAG